CUUGAAGGGUCUUUUUCAAAUUAAGUAGGGUUUCCACAAGAACGCCAGCUCACAUUGAACUAAACCCCAGUCUUCCUCUUCGGUACCAUGAACGUGAACUCGGAACCAAAGAAGGAGCUACCUUCGGUUGGUUUCAUCUCAAGAAACGAUACUGAAAUUUAUCAGCUGCCAAUGCAUGAUGGUGCGACUUCUUCGUCGAGCUCGACAAACUCCAGAAAUGAGAUGUGCCGUAACAAGAAAAACAUAGAGAAGGCUGCUCUCUUUUCCAGCAGCUACACAAACAUGGUAGCACGCGCUUCCGGGGAAAACAACAGAAAGAACAAGAACAUUCUUCCCGUUUCUUACAGGGAUUCGAAGUAUUUCCAACCAGCACGUCCAAAGAUAGCUAAUAUUUCUCCUCGAGGUCGAAGUUAUCUUUUGUUGGGGCUUUUGGUGUUCUCUGUUACUCAAGUAGCUGCACUGAACAACAACUCCCCAUUUGGAAACUUAUCAUCACACUCGGUGCUAAACUUUUGGGAAGCAUUUUGGAUGUUGUUUCCCGCGAUGAUAUUUUUCAUCAUAUUCAUCUUCUGUGCGAUAGCAAUUUUGGUCCUCGUUUCGACAAAGGGAUCAGAAGAGCGAUUUGCUUAUUCGACACUUUUGUCAUUUUUGGCAAUCCUUUGUUGCAUUACAAUCUUCAGCCAAUCCUCUGACUCUGUUGUGCAGUGUGCCUCUUUCAAGUUUCUUCUCCCACUGUUUGUUAUAUUUGAGGCUCUUGCACUUUUCCUGACCUGUUUGGUGUUGUUGAUGUCCAUUAUUUAUCUUGCCUGCCUAUGCAAACAAAGACAGAAAAUGAAGGAGUGAUCUACUGAUGAUGAUGGUUCCUAUACAUUUUUAUAUAUUUAAUGGUGGAAACUCAGGUGUAGUCGACUUUACGUGAUAUCUGAGAGGUGUUAAAUGAUUUGACUAAUUUGACUAAAUUUUCAUCUAACGGUUCUCAGAUAUUAACUUCACGUGAAGUCGAUUUCACCUGAGUUUUUACCAUAUUUAAUAUGUAUUUUUAAAGUCUAAAUGUACAUACUUUGAAUUUAAGCCUGAAAGUUGCUGGCAAAUUUGUUUGGAUUAUAUACUUUAUUUUAAUGUUUAGUAUU